CCUUGCUCUGAGAAAAAGCUGGCUCGAGCGACUCCUAGGUAAGCUGCUGCAUGGGCAAGAAAUCCUUCCUCUCCGUCCUCAGCCACGUUUUUCCCGACGAGCUCCGGCUGUCGCACACUUUUGCUGAUUUUCCGAGUUUCUCAACCUGCAAACAGACCCGCCGCCCUAUAGCUCUAGCCCGAAAUCACCGACGACGUGCAACAACGCUACGUGUUGCUACAACUCGAUAUACUCGUUCUGUGGGAUAUCCUCGAUUGUCUAAGGUUUGCGGGUAGCAAAGCAGAUCCAUAUUCAAGAUGUCUGGAGAAGCGUGGUUAUACCUGCUUGCGGUCCUGAUCAAUGCCGUCAACCUCUUCCUACAGGUCUUCUUUACUAUUAUGUACAGUGAUUUGGAAUGUGACUACAUUAACCCCAUCGAUCUCUGCAACCGUCUCAACGCGUAUAUCGUUCCCGAGGCCGCCGUACAUGCAUUCUUAACGUUCCUCUUCAUCAUUAACGGAUACUGGCUGGCCAUCUUACUCAAUCUUCCUCUAUUGGCGUUUAAUGCGAAGAAAAUCUUCGACAACCAGCAUCUUUUGGAUGCUACCGAGAUCUUCCGAAAGCUCAACGUCCACAAAAAGGAAUCAUUCAUCAAGCUCGGUUUCCAUUUAAUCAUGUUCUUCUUCUACCUGUACAGCAUGAUUGUGGCCCUCAUCCGUGACGAAUCGCAUUGACUGCGCGAGAAAGCAAGUUAUGCGAUGAAACACGGUCGGCCGGUCGGAUAUUGAGCGUCUUUCUAAUCGUCAACCAAGCAUCUUUCCACCGUUCCCGCCCUAUCAUUGCAGGGCAAUGCUUACUUUAUCUUCAAGCUCGUGCAGGAGGCAUGGCCCAGUUACUACCAUGCCCUAAAUCUGGGCACCAUUCUAUAACUGGAAGUCCAAGUAAUAUUCCUCGCGAGCAUGAAUGAUUAUCACUUAAUAUGUGCUAUAUACUCACCAGGGGUGGCCUGUUUCCUCUUUCUCAAAUUUAGCGAAGCACCGGGAAUGUCCAUCAUACGAUUCUGAACAGUAUAUUCCUGUCACCCCCUCUUUCUCUUGCUCCACACGGACCGGAAUUGUAUCUACUGUAGUAGUACAGGAUUUCUCAUUUA